AAAAGAUUUCUCAUAAGGUAUCAAAUCCCUCAUCAUAUACAUCACAGUCUCAACACUUUAUCUACAAAAUAACACUCCCGUUUAAAACUAAAACAUCCAAAACAAUGUACUCUUUAUCUUCUGUAUCAAAACACCUUAUUUUGGUCCAUAUAUUGGCCCUGGUGGCCACACAACUGCUUCUCAUACGUAGCGUUUCGUCUUUGAACAUGACCAAUUCCUAUCUGAACCACAAAUGCUUUGUCAGUCAAGGGAAAUACAAGCCAGGAAGUGCACAUGAGAAAAGCCUAGAAGCUAUCAUCCAUUCCAUCUCGGUUGGUGAAAAUGUUAAUAGCGGUUACGACAUGAUGUCAUUUGGUGACGGUCCAGAUCUAGUCUGCGUUGUCCUCCAGUGCCGUGGUGACUCCUACGGGUCCAAGUGCCGCUCCUGCUUUGCCUCAGCCAUGGCCGGGCUUCGUAGGAGAUGUCCGAGAUAUAAAGGGGGAAUAAUAUGGUUCGACCAAUGUCUUCUCGAGAUUUCUUCGAUCGAUAAUGUAGGGCAGCUCAAUUACGGUGAUAGUUUCUGUAUGUCCAACGCGAAGAAUGUGGGAGAUGAUCCAUUUUCUUUCAUACUGAAGUGGGAUACUCUCUUCGACAAUAUAUCACGUAUAGCUAUCACUGAAAAGAAUAAAAACUUAAAAGAUACCAACAAACCGGCACUAUACGGGGCGGGGGAGAAGAGGCUCGGGACAAAGAAGAAGAUGUACGGAAUGGUUCAGUGUACAGAUGACUUAUCUGUUAAGGCUUGUGAGGAGUGUCUGGUUGCUAAUAUCUUGAAGUUUCAAAAUUGCUGGAAAAGUGGUAAACGCGGUGCGAGGGUUUUGGAUAGGAGCUGUAACUUUAGGUAUGAGCUUUACCCUUUUGUUAAUGCCAAGACUGGUCCUAAUUCUUAUUUUAAGAGUUAA